AUGCCAGAUUGUGAUUUUUCUCUUCUCUUUUCUCUCUAUCACUUUCUCCUAUCUCUCUCCCCCCUCUUUCUCUUCUCUCACUCUUUCUCAUCUUUCUCUCUUCUCUCUCUCUCAUUCUAUCUCUUUCUCUUCUCUUUCUGUCCUCUCUCUUUCUCUUCUCUCUUUCUAUUCUCUUCACCCUUUCUCUCUUCUUCCUCUCCUCUCCCUCUCUUUUCUCUCUCUUCCCUCCUCCCCUCUCUCUCUUCUCUUCUCUCUCUCUUUCUCAUCUUUCUCUAUUCUCUCUCUCAUUCUAUCUUUCUCUUCUCUUUCUGUCCUCUCUCUUUCUCUUCUCCCUCUCUCUUCCUAUUCUCUUCACCCUCUCUCUCUCUUCUCCCUCUCUUGUCUCACUCUUUUCUCUCUCUUCUCUCUCUUUUCUCUCUCUCUCUCUUGUUCUCACUUGGGGCGAAAUCGAUUAAAAAAUCAGAUGUACGGAAAUAG